UGACCCAAGUACUGAUGAUGAUAUUUUUGAAGUGCUUUCAAGUUACAAAUGUUACAGAGUAGUUACCAAAGAAAGCAUCACAAAAAUCAUAGAAGAGAUGGCCCAUCAAGAACUGAUUCAGUGCCCAAGAUACAUUUCAAAUGCAUGGUCACCUUUUCUUUCGAAGCUGAAAAUGUACAAAGAAUUUGAAAGUGUGGAUAGCCUAGUACAACUCUAUCUGGAGAAAAAGCCGUCGCCUAAGAAAGUUUCCAAGAUAUUGUCUGCAGCACCUACUAGUGAAAGACAAAAUGAAUGUUUUGAUCAUUUGAAGAGAUUUGUGAAGUCCCUAGACGACAACACUUUAGGUGUUUUUCUGCAGUUUGUUACUGGGAGUAACUACCUCACUAUUGACAGUAUCAAUGUGGAUUUUUGUAAGCUAGAAGGGGCUGCAAGAAGACCAUUAGCACACACGUGUGGAUGUGUUUUAAUUAUUCCAGAGACAUACCAGGGAUAUAAUGAAUUAUCUGAAGAGUUUAGCAGUGUUUUAAGGCACAGUGCUUCUUGGGAGUUUGGAAUUGUUUGAGCUGUUGUAAUGCCUGGUUCCUUUCAAUGUUAAUUUUAAUAUAGUAUUACACCUCAGCUACUACAGGUUUUAGUGAAAUUGGGUUGUUGGGCUCCCUGUGCUUGGGCAGGAUUUGGGUGAAAAUACUUGCAACAAAGAUUAAGACAAUGCUUGUUACAUUGGUCAAUUCUUUGGCAACCUGUCUUUCAACUGGCAUUGCAUGACAAUUUUUAGGGAAAUAGCAACAUCUUUUAAAUUGAUGUCUAGAUGCUGCAAUCAGUUUCAAAUGUUACGUGAAACUCUAGUGAUCACACUUCAUGGAUAAUAAUGUGAAUUUAAAAAAAAAAAUCAUUAAUUAGCGUCAAGCAUAGGUACAACCUGCCGUAGUGUUUUUAAUUAGUUCUUAGUUUUGUACUUACAGCAGCACUUUCAUGUUGGAUGUUUUUGAUGAAAAACUUUUAGAAUUUUAACAUAACAUUGUUAC